UCUUAUCGAUGUUCAAGUUUUAACACGUUUUCAUUAAUUGUCAAGCUCAAUGACCGAGAGAAUAAGCGUGUGAAUAUUGUACUUGAUAGCAAAACCUUGGCUUAGAUGAUCUCAGAUUCUAGAUCGUGAACUGCUUCUUAUGAUUAUGUCUUAUUGAACAUCUGUUCAGAUCGACGAAUGGUGCGAUUGGGCUUAUUUGGAUCUUUUGGACUAAGCCGUCAGUGUAUUACAAAUUGCAGCUGUCAUUUCAGUAACACAUAGGCAAAUGAAUGCGAAUCACAGUUGCGAGUUGCGGUCGCAUACAUAGAGAUUUCUCCGACCAGAAGGAAGCCUGUUUCUGUCACAAUUGCAAAGCCAUCCGUCAAGGCUCGUUCACUCAAACACGCGCGUUCGAAAUAUAUUGUUUACGUUGAUUGCCUUUCGCGAGCAGACGAUGCGUUCAUUCGCUAUCCUGACGUCAUCCGGCCAGUUGGCAUCGCUAAAAGUUGUGCGUAAGAAAAGGCACACUUUGCCUAGAUCAGGUGCUCCACCGUGCAAGUUUCAAAUCGAUGCUGACUCCGUGCAACUACGUGACACGAGUGGUUCGGCUAGAACGUGCGAAGCGUGUUUCAACUAGGAAAUAACCACAGUUGUCUGGCGGCCAGACUGAACCACCGGUUCUAUGGGCACCCCGUUGGCGACUGAUUUAAAAUAUUCGCAGUGUGCAUACGGCAGAUGUUUGUACCGAAAUACAGGAUUUAGGCUAUUGUUUGAAUCGCCAUUACGUAGCAAGCGCUUAAAUAUGGGUCGACAGUGCUGCCGGGAUGUACUUAAAUGUGGUAUUGGCUUCUGACGGUGUGUUACGUAUGUUACACUUUACGUACGAAACACAGAUGACUGUCUAUGCGACAUAUUGUCCUGAUUGUUUCUGAAAGCCGUCUUUGGUGUUGUGAGCAGAUUUUAUUCCGCCGCCGAAGAACACUGUUUAAUAAAAAAUAAAGAUACCUUAUUCUCUUCUUUUCAAGAAAGUACUUUCCACAGGUCCUUCUUUUGUGUUAUAACUAUUAUCAAGUAAGUGCUAGCACAAUUUUGAGUAAUACUGUGAACAGUUAUCGAUGUUGAAUAAAGAACCUGGCGUCUCGAGGGUAUAAAUGAACAUAACCAAGCUAAUACAAAAUGGUCGGGUUAGCGAUGACGUGGAAACGACAUAAAUGCCGAAAAAUCUUGAUUCCUGCCAAAUUCGAACCGGACUUUUAACUGCCGCGUCUGUAAGUAAGACCAGGUGGUGAAACAAAAGUCGCCGUUUGACAGCCCAUCGCCCGCGUCAACAAUGACUUCUCUUGACACCCUGAACUUCUUCGACUUUUUGGAUCGAGAUCCGAUAGACUCCAUCUUCGAUAAGGAACCGUCUCUUCUGUCGGAUUUCCCCUCAGAAUUAGAGAACGACUACAUUCCUAAUGAGGAUUCGUCCGUUGAAUUUUGGACAAAAUAUCUUACUAAUGGAGACACGGCCGGAUCUCAACUCUGCAUUCCCGACAUUGAAGAAGUUGACAUUAAAAAGGAGUCAAUCGACCCCCUAGCUAUGUGCGAGCACUCUUACUGUUCACAGGCCGUGCAACCUAAAGAGCAACAGGCGACACCCAACGAUCACAGCCAUACGAAGGGUGGUUUUGUCAAUGGCUCCUACCCCAGUAGCACAAUGAAGCAGGAACCACCAAAUUCACCCCAUUUCUCAACGUCAUCGGGGGUUUCGUCAUGCGGUGGCGAAGAGGAGGACACUGGUGAUGAAGACAUUGAACUGGACGUGACCUCAUCGCCUGUAUACGAGGAGGAGCUAUGCGAUGUUGAGGAGGUGGAGGAGAUUGAUGAGGAGGAUGUACUGCAAACGGACAUUGCUGCCGAUAUCAUUAUCACCUCAAGUGACGCCCCAGCCAGAUCACUGACCGGCAUCGGUGGGCGCGAACGUCCCCACAAGAUCAUUACGACGACAGCCAUCAAAACGCUGAAGCGUGGACGAGGACAACAUGAAGGUCGCACAAUUACUGGGCCAGGAGGUACACUCGUGCUUACCGACGAAGAGGUUCGGCUCAUGAAAAAGGAAGGAGUCAGUAUUCCUUCACAACUUCCGCUUACUAAACACGAGGAGCGUGAGCUGAAGAAGAUUCGCCGCAAGAUCCGUAACAAACAGAGCGCACAGGAUAGUCGAAAACGAAAAAAAGAGUAUGUGGAUGGGCUAGAGAGCAAAGUGAAAGCUUGCAGUCAGCAGAAUGUACAGUUACAGCGCAAGGUCGAAAGCCUUGAGCGGCAAAAUAACUCGCUGCUGAUGCAGUUACGCCGCCUUCAGAACCAGAUCAGCGGACAACAGCAUCAACAGCACGGAAGCGUUUCUGGCACAACCAAUAAUGGCGCGCAGACUUCGACGUGCGUAAUGGUGCUCCUCCUGUCGUUCUCCUUGCUGCUCCUGCCCAACCUCAAGAACUCGUUCUACCAUCAGUCGAAGGGCUCAAAUAAUCAACAGCGAGAGCUGGAAAAACUCAACGGAGAAUUACUUGCUCGCUUGGGUGAACAAGCGUCAGGCGAAUCCGCUGACAUGCCUGCUACGAUCAAAAGCCGAUCAUUGCUCUUUUCGAAGGAGGACCUUGUCAUGAAGUGCCCUGCUCAACUAGGCUACAGGGAAGAACCAGUUAGUGAUGACGAUGAUGAGGACAACGUCUCUAAUGGCGGCAGUAAGGUCACACGCGCCUGGAAGAGUAACAACGUUUCCUCUGAGGAGUUGCGGUUAAGCCUGAAACGGCUACCUUCGCCUCCACUGAUACCACCUAUGGCAAGUGAUGAAGAAUCUGAUGACGGAUCCAGCAAUGCCACCAAACGGGGACGCUUCAUGAACAUGUAAACAGCAGAAACAUGUCAGAAAUAAUCUCAAGGGCUGAACUGGCAAUAUGUUUAGUUGCCUACCACGUAGAUAUUCGAGGACCAUCAUCCGGAGCUCCGCGAUAUUCGCCGCGAAAGGCUCCGUUGUAGAUGUGUCCUAAUAUCCCGCCGGCGACUUCUUUGUGGCGCCUUAAGGGGAGUUGAUCAUCCGGAUAGGUGGAUUAUUAGUGGAUUCAGUUUGUUCAAUCUGUUACCGUCUGGGACUCACACAAAAAAGGACGUGCUGUCCUGUUAUUCGGUGGCCACAUGUGUGCUGGUAAACUGGUGAUACAAAUUGCCCUUUGCCUUCUAGAAAGUCUGUGUGUAACUUCUGCUGCGGUUAUCCACUGCCGCAGUCGGGAAUCACGGAAAGCUGAUUGCUUCAACUCACAACUACUGGUAAGUCAGCCCCAGCUGUCCGUGUCUAACUUCGUCAACGCUGAAGCGACACAUUGGGUGGACUUGUUCACCUUAUGUCGGUCACGGGUAGUGAAAACAAAUGCCGGGAAAUAAUACGGCAAUCAAAGACGACUGACUAUCUAACAUGAAAAUCUCAUAUAAUAAUAUCACACGUAUAGUAAACAGUUGCAAGAAACAAGGCUAAGGAAUAGUUUAACCUAAAAAAAAUUAUCAUAAUAUUGACAAAAUACAUAAAUAAAAAAAAAAGAAAACAAACCAAUAAAAACUAUAAACGCGGUCUGUGCAAAUCGGAACAUGAUCUCAUCCUGCUUAAAUAAUCGACGAUUUACAUAAUAACGUUUCGACGGGAAAUUCGAGCCAAGUGAAUUAAUAAAUGAAGAAGUUUUCAGAAAGUAAAAAGAAAAAAGGCCCUCUAGAUAAUGCUAAAUUAGAAAAUAAAGCGAAAGGAGUUAGUGAAAAGGACGAGUGACACGAUAGUAAUAGCUAGAACUAAAAAUUCACAAACAACACAAAGGCAUCUAUUACGAACUGGACGAUAGGAUCAAAGAAGAAGUCCAGUUACUGUUCCGGUUAUUCCAACGCAUUGUUCUAUACAAGAAGCAUACUUGGAACCUCAGAUUCUACCUGGUAUGUCCACAAAUCACUAUUGUCAUACCGGGCAAAAAUACAGGCGAUGAUGUAGGUAACGAGGGACCCGUGCGAUGGUAUUGAAAGGUAACCAUGUUUAGAGUAAUGGUAUCAACGGAGUAAAAAGCAACAUCGCACGAUGCUGGUAAAGUUAGCUUAUCAGCUCGACAACCUAUCGAGUCAGCUACAAGAAAAUAUAUAUUCUUAUAAGAUUAUAGGCAUAGAAGAAAAGAAAGAAAAAGAUAGACGUCCCAUUUUUUACACCGAUCGAAAAAACGUAUAUGUAUAUCAAACAAUGCUUCUACCUACAGUAGGUACAAGACGAAAAUAGGCAAAGUAAUAUAAACAGCAAUUGUUUCACUUCGCUGUUAUAACACAUUCUAGUAAAAAAAAAAAUAUAUAUAUAUAUAUAUAUAUAUAUAUAUAUAUAUAUAUAUACAUACAUACAUAUAUCACAGGCAUUUUACUUCAUGUUGUGUGCACCUUCUCCAUACAAGUCUCCUUACCCUCCUUAGCUGGUAGCUGGUGGUAGUGCUGUUAAUAUAAUUAUUCUACUUACAUUAAUCUAGCAUAUCAUAAUAGGCACCACGGUCUUGAGGCAGUUCGAUAGGAAGCAUCAAUAUUUAGGAAAGGAAGCUAUAUACACCAUGCUAAAAAUUAUUAUGAUUGAUAAAGAGAGCACUGUAAAUUAGUAAACGUCUUAUGCAGCUUUGUUAAAUAUACCGUUGUGCUAGCUCAAACGAAAGAAAGUGCAUUUGGGCAGAACGUACAACCCAUGACCUGAACAUCGUCGGAGAUAAGAAAGCGAUAUACUGUUGAGUGCAAUGGUUCUCCUGAAGUGAUUCCAUCACGUCAUCUGAGUUAUGACGCUACUCUUGGCUCGGCUAGCGAUUAAAAGCAGUUUGUAAACGGGGCUUAAGAGGGUGAUCUAUAACGGUUAGCAAGAGACAGGAGCUGAUUCAAAAGGCUAAGCUGCAUUCUAGCUCCGAGUUGGUUUAAAUGAGAACUUUACUUCACCCGUUCGCGUCGCAGACACCUCUGUAUACGAGGUCAUUUGAGCCAUCGCGACCUCCUCAUCAAGCCCAAAGUAAAGAAAUAUAUAUACUAUAUUGUUUAAGACGAAGAAAAAGUUCAUUAGAAGUUGCUCAUAAAUUAGCUCUCGGUGACAAAGAAUAUAUAUAUAUAGACUGCUAACAAUGGUGAAAGUAAUGAUUACGGAGGAUACAAAAAAAAAUGCUGAGGGUAAUAAAAAUUGGCCAGUUUUACCGUGA